CACUAAUCCUGCAGAUGUCACAUGUUAGUUCUGUCUUACCAGCGUAGAGUCUCCAACAUGUUGCGAUCAUCGAACCACUGUGACCUGCCCAACGAGUGCGGAUUAUGGAGUUAUCGCGGCUGAGGAAAUUCCUUUUUGAAUAGCUUACUCCCGCCAGAAUGUGUCUUUCUCAUCUAAGAUAUCUUUUCGUGACAUUACUGCCCACGAGACCAUUACAGUACAUGUUAACGAGAUGCCUGGAAAAGAAGCAGAUGACUUUGGCCAGCCCAACGGGCCCAGCACCUUGAUUGAAGUCGACGCUCUGGUCGUCGGGGCCGGCUUUUCGGGUAUCACAGCUAUCCAUCGCCUUCGAAAAGCAGGAUUGACGGUCAAAUGUAUGGAAGCGAGCGGUGAUUUUGGCGGAGUAUGGAACUUCCAUCGAUACCCUGGCGCUCGUGUAGACAGCGAGGUGCCCUUCUACCAGCUUAACAUACCUGAAGUAUAUCGUGAUUGGAAAUUUCAGGAGCGCUUUCCAGGACACGACGAGCUGCGAAAGUACAUUGCUCACGUGGACAAGAUUCUCGAUUUGAGACGAGAUACCUAUUUCCACGCUCGAGUCAAGGACGCUUCCUGGGACCAGUCCACAAACCGGUGGACCAUCAAGACCCAACAAGGUCAUGUAGCAUCUGCCAAGUACUUGAUUCUGGGUGCCGGCCUACUCCACCGCGCCAACGUUCCCGACUUCCCCAGUCUAAGCGAGUACCAGGGUCAGGUUUUCCACUCCGCCGCAUGGGAUGCAGACUUCAGCGCCAAGGGUAAGAAGAUUGGAAUCAUUGGCGCGGGAUCAACCGGGGUACAACUCACCGAAUCGCUCGGCAAGAUAGCGGAUGAACUCACCGUCUUCGUGCGCCGUCCGAGCUACUGCUGCGCCUUGGGACAACGCUCUUUGACGACGCAUGAGCAACAUGUGAUGAAGCGCUUCUAUCCGGUCAUGCUGAAAGCCGCUCGAGAAUCACAUGCCGGCUUCCCGGUCAUAGGCAAUGACAAAGCCCUCAAUGAUGCAUCACCAGAAGAAAGGGAACGGCAUUGGUCUUACACAUGGGACCAGGGGGGUUUCUCUUAUGGCAUGCUGGCUUACACAGACCUGUUCCGUAGUAAAGAGGCGAACGAAGCUACAUACCAGUACUGGAGAAGCAGGGUCGCGGCACGUCUAACAGAUCCUGCGAAACUCGAGAUCAUGGCCCCGGAGCACAAGCCAUACUAUUUUCUCACCAAGCGAAUACCUCUUGAACAGGAUUACUACGAGGUCCUCAAUCAGAGCAAUGUGCACAUUCACGAUCUUAACAAGACGUCUUUGGAGUCAUUCACGAAGAAGGGUCUGCUCAUGUCCGAUGGGACAGAAUAUGAACUCGACGCCGUGGCAUUAGCGACAGGCUUUGACUCGAUAACCGGCUCCAUCACCCGUGUGGGGGUCAAGAACAGGUAUGGAGUCGACCUGAAGGAUGUUUGGGCCGAUGGGAUAACCACGUACAUGGGCAUCACAGUUUCAGGGUUCCCUAAUAUGUUCAUUCCGUAUUCCCCCCAAGCUCCGACGCCAUUUACCAAUGCUAUACCUAUUAUCGAAGCCCAGGUGGAAUUAGCAGUAGAUAUCAUUAUGAAGGUGGAACGAGCCGGCGCCAAAUCGAUCGAGGCUACCAGGAGUGCGGAGAUUGAGUGGAAGACGCACCUGAAUGCAUUGGUGGAAGGGACUCUGUUCCCUUAUACCGAUAGCUGGUGGAAUGGAGCUGACGUCCCGGGCAAGAAGAAGGAAAUAAUGGCGUAUAUCGCCGGCAUCAAGCACUACGAGACAAAAUGUCGGGCUAAUAUCGAGGGACUGCAGGGAUUUAAUAUAGUUGCUGGAGACAACAUGUAA